GCCUUGCGAUCCCAGUUGAGCCGCCCGGUCGACGCCCAACCAGCAAGGAAUCUCCCAUGUGCAACACAUCAUGCCGGCCGCAUUUCCCAAUUUUCACGCUUGAUACCACAUCGUCACAGGCCGUGGCUAAAGAGGGAUAUAUUGGCACCGCCGCGCCGGCUGUGAUUUGUUUGUCUCGUGCGCCGUCGCACUUCCUGAACACUGCUUGCGCGACGCUGAUGUGAUUGUCUCACCAUGAACCGAGCAGCAAAACGACCGUAUCCUUUUGCGGAUGAGCAUAGCAGCAUGGGACGAUCCAAGAUGCCCAGGGUUCCGAACCCAUCCCAGGACUUGUCCGAGGAGGCGCGGAGAGUCCUAGAACACGCCGCCUCCAUCUUGAACCUCCCUGUGGCCAACCUCCUGUCGGCAUCUUCUCGGUCUGCCAAUGAUGGGCCACAGCACCUGCAGCAGCAGCCUGUCCUCCGGGCUGAACCGGAGCAUGAUGCAUGCAAUCAGGACCCACCAUCUCCACCAGAAGAUAUUGGCAAGGCGGACUUGGACGAUACUGUGGAGUGGCACUCAUCCGCUGCCGAGUUUGACGGCAUCGACCCCAAUCUUGCUGGGGUUUAUUUUGACUUGGAUUGCUGGGUUGAUGGGCACUCUCAUGUGGGUGCAGCUCCUACGGCGACGGCCGAAAGUGCCAACGGCUCUAGGGAUCAACGGCAAGUGCCAUCGGGACCUUGGCAACCGGCCCAGCAAAGACCGAUGCCCCCCCAGCCCCCGAGUUUAUCGUGGGAGCUUGUCGAGACCGCGGUAGAUCCGACUGCCCUCCAGACAGCCCGUAACCCCUCCGAGUGGACAAUGAUACAAGCUCGGCCUAGCCACCCGCAGCUGCCAAAAUCGGCCGACACUCCGGCCGUGGAAGAGCUUCAGAUUAUCUCAGUCAACCCAAACCAGUCUCAGCCUCGACCGCAACGACGGAAGGCAUUUGGAGACCGUGAACGCCAGGAGGAAACAGGUCAAACACGGGGACUCAAGGCCUGUGUUCGGUGCCGAAUGCAAAAGAUUCGGUGUGCCAUUGACAAGGAGAACCCCAACGGCAUCUGCGGCACCUGCCAGGCCCUGUCGGCAGACAACAUGAAGGUGCAUAAUCUGCCCUGUCUCCGCCACCGACUGACCGAAUGCACGCUCUACCGAACCGGCAAGGCCCCUGGACUGGAAUUCACCUUUCGUUGGCCCGUCAUGAAGCUCAAGGACACUGACAACUGGGCGGCCCCCGAGGUCCGAACCAUUCUUGUGCAGUCCGACGUGUGUCCGGUUCCCCUCCAGCUUGCCGUCCGCAAGUUUGUCCCCAUCCCAGGCAAGGACUCGCUCACGCGGGCGUGGAUGGACCACAAGAAACAAACCAAGAAGUACCUCGAGACGACGCCGUACGCCAUCUAUGACAUGCAAAAGGCCGUGCAGGACAUGCGGGAUUAUGUCACCACCAAUGUGUUUCCCUGCAUGGAUUAUUUCCUCAAGGGAAGUGAUAGGUGGGUCAAGGAGACGUAUGAGUUUGCGAGGAAGCACAUGCAGCGGACCGAUUCGGACGAAGAGCGAAAGCUGCUCGGCAACUUCUUCCGCCUGUGGUUUGCCGUCCGCCGCACCGCCACCAUGGAGCAUAUUGUGGGCGACGACACGCUUGACAUGACGCCGGAAGUGGAAGACCAGUCCUGCCCCUUGUUCAAGAAGGUCCCGCUCCCGCCUGUCAUGAUCCAGCAGCUCGACAUGAUCUUGACGCUGGGCAUCCUCCAGCCGCUCCAGAAGCAGGUGCUGGAGGACUACCAGAAGCUGGUUCUGGCUAACAACCCCAAGAACUGGAUGACGGUGUAUCUAGUUGCGUUCAUGUCGCUGCACAGCUGCGCCAAGAUCUCGGAGGAGAAUUACAACAAUGCGAGGAAGCACGGGCUGUUGCGGCGAUACGCAAUCCCCAACUUCAUCCAGGAGCGCCACCACAGCGCCAACGUGUUCCUCUCGCACUACCACUACCGCACCGAAUCGGCCAACCCGUUCAUCCAGGACUGGAAGCGGCGGCACGCGACGCCCUUUUCGCACACGUCGGUAGACGAAAUCCACUUUCUAGAGCAGACCAAGGCGAUGGUGAGAGAUAGAGAAGCGGUAAUCAAAAUCAACAGGCAGACGGACCUGUACGAGCACGAGCUGUACUUUAUUGCCCAAAUGUUUGAGGAGAACUGGCAGCCGCGGGAUACCAUUAUCGACCGGACAGAGGGCACGGUCAACAAUGUUGGGCUCAAGAGGUAUGCGGGGAAAUGAGAUACUUUUCUUGUGUAGAAUGAGGUAGGUUUCUCGAUUGUCAAGAUAGGGAUGGAAUCUUCCUCUCGGUUACUGUCGACGGAGGUCAUCUUGCUACCCAAUUCAAAAGUUAUGUUGAAAUCCCAGUCUACGACAUGAG